GUGAGAUGCUAAAGAUCAUAUUUUCCGAUUAUAAUGUAAGUUCACCCAUCUAAAUAGCUCCAUUAUAGUGCCAUGUAGAAUCUACAUAUUAAACAGUUUGUUUUUAUUAAGCCCUUUUAAAAAAAACAAUUCGUUUUUAUUCAACAAAGUGUUUUCCAGACAACAGUUUAGGUUUUCAUUUAAAAAGGUUUGUUAAAACAGUAGAAACGUUAUGUUAUCAUUCUUGCAGUAUUUUUCUUAGGCGUUUCUCUAUUAAGUAUAUCUCAUUUGCACACAUAAGCUGAGAAGCUUAUAAAUCGUUGUAAGCAUAACACAUAUCUAUCUAAACGUACGUAUACAUGAAUACCCAUGCUAUUUCAGUUAUCUAUCAUCAGUUAUAUUCCUAACACACUUGACACUACAACUAUAUAAUACUUUAAUAUAUUAAUAACUUUAUAAUUUUACAAUAAGCCUCUCACAUUUACCGAAAUCCAUUUGUUAAGGUUUGAUUAAGUUGUUUACAUUAUAAAUUCAAUUCUUUAGCCUCAUUUAAAAAAAUAGUGCAUAAUAUAUGUAGAAAAAUAUAAUAAUCUAACACAAUUAAGCUUAAAAAUUAUAUAACCUUAAUUAAAUUAUUAACUACCAGAAUUUUUUUAAAAACAAAUGCAAACCCGCGCUUUUAAAAGUGCAUGUCAAAAUUUAGUAUAAUGUCAUAUAUGAGUUCAGCCCAACUAAUAAAUAUUUUAAACGAGAAGUUAGGUGUUUCCAUGUUUUCAUUGUAUUGCUUGUUGUGUGGUUUCAGCUUUAGAUUCAUGGCCUCUUAGCUAUGGGUUAGAAUAUGGUCUAUAAUUCUUUCAAACUAUAAAGUGUUUCUAGAUAUCAUAAACGUUGAAUUUAUAAACCCGAAGGCUAACUUCAUUCUCUAUGUUUUAUUUUAUGUUGUACUGAUAUAAAUGUUUUUUUUUUUACUAAAAACUGAUAUAAAUGUAUGUUAACUUCUUUUAUUUCCAGUUAAGUAAGAGCAAAAUACAGAGAACUUGGAAAAACUAAAAAACAAAAUAUCUGAUUUUAACUUUUAAGUUUUAACCAUAUAAACUAUUGCAGGGUGAUUGUUAUAGAAAUUUAACAUUUUAGGAAAAUUUCUCUAUUAAAUUAUAAAAAUAGAACACAUCAUUUAAAAAAAAUAACAAUAAAUUUGCACGUGAGUAACAUUAGAUUCCUAUAAAGCACAUGCGAAAUUAACAUUCUCCUUAUAAAAUUUAAUUCACUUAUAUUUUUUUUAUAAAUGAAUCUUAUGAAAUAAUCUUUUUACAUUUGUUGGUUUCACGUUUUAAUUUUUUUUUGACAUCUGGAAAUUUUAUUUAUUGGUCAGAGCCCAAAUAGGCAAAGCCCUACACAGUUCAAACCUAAGGCCCAAACAGAAAGCUUUAACUUAAAAUAAAUAAAACUGUGUAAAAGAGUAGUUAUGAAAAAAAGACUGUGUAAAAGGAUAACUGAAACAUAUUUUGGUUUUUUAGCUCUUACUUGGAGAAUAGAAAAGUAUCUUUCGACUCUGGAAGUGCAUAGAAAAGUAAGUCUUCAUAAAAAUAUAGAAAACAGUAAAAAUAAAAACGCUAGAGAGAGGGUCGAACCUCUGACCUGUUAACCACACGCUCUAACCAACUGAGCUACUCCAGCUCGAUGAUUACCAAAUUGUAUGUUAUAUAAUAAUAUUCUCCGUAUAUGUGAAAAAUAAAGACAAAUAAGAUCAUGAACAAGAUCUUGUCGUUUCGGGUUCUUCCGUAAAUGAAUCAAGUGAAAUUCGAUGAAUAAUACAGAAAGACAACAAAUGACAGUACACCACCAAGGCACCAACCACUGAAUAUUUUAGAAAUAAAUUCAUAACAUGACUUGUUGUAUAAUGAAAAAAAAAUGGGUUUGAAGAUAAGUGACUGGAAGGUAGAAGACCAUUGCUUGAUCAUUGUUGGUUAAUUUCCCCAUCAAACUCUUAAAACAUCUUCAAUAUUAUUAUUUUAUAAAACUUGCCCGCUUUAUUGGUUACUUUCUCUCAUGAGAGAGUAACCUUUUGCCUGCUUUAAAGAGAUCAGUAUGGUGCAAAGUUUUUCUAUGUUCGAAUCAUCAAAUAUUCAGGUUGAUUGGAUCCGAGCUCAAAGAUUUGAUUUUUUUCCUCGUGUUUUUGAAGGUGGUUGUCUGAAGAGUGUUUGGAACUAAUUGUCUAGUAUUUCCUGCUCUGAUGAUUUUAAAGAUAGAUCCGAUCAUCUUAUCUGGCAAUAAAAAAAUGUUUUAGCAUAUUUUGAGUCCAAAGCCUGUGUUUUGAAGAUUUCUAGAGUCGGUAAGAUUUAGCUUAGGCAAUGUUCGCUCGAUGACAGUCAUUACUGGUUAAAUCAGUGAUCGUUGACAGCCACAUAUCAAUAUCACAAUUUUUCAUGAAGAAGACCAAAUCUUUGUGCUCGAUUUAUACCUAUUAUAUAAGAGAAUGAUAUUUUCUUUAACGCUGAUUUAUUAUGAUAUUACAGUUACGAAAUAUAUUACUUAGACAAUUCAACAAUACUAAUCACUUGUUUUUUCAGUAGUCAGCAUAAUUGUUUAAUAAAUUGUUUCUCCAAAAAUUGAAACAUGAAUUUAUUGAUGUAAAAACAUUAAUAAAUCAUGAGUCAAACUACUGGACUAAAGAGACUUCCACAAGACUGUUAUUCUAUAUUUCAGUAAUACUUAGUUUUCGUAUCAUUUCUGGAUCAUUUAAACACUUAAUAAUACCCGUUAUUAGAUAUAAGAUUCAUAUUCAGUGACAAAAAAAAAUUAAGACGCAUAUAUUUAAUGUUAGAACCAUAAAGGAAGACCAUCUAGACAAUAACCUCUCAGUAGUUGAAGAAUCUGAGAAUUGAAUAAUGUUUUAAACAAAAGAACACAACAAGCGUAGGAAAGGCGCAGAAGAUCUCUCAAAGAUGAGAUCCCAAGAUUAGGAAUUUGUCCGAUUCUCUAACCCAUGUUCAAAGGAGGAAAAAGAAGACAGGAACACCUGAAUAUUCCUAAAUAUGUUUCGCUAUUCCGUUUCUCAUUUCAUUAAAAAAUUGUGCAACAACAAGAUCGCAAGAAAUAAAAGAGCUAGCGUAAGGAAAGCUAUUUUAGAAGAGGAUGCAACAAAAAAAUAAUUAAUUUUGAUGAGGAAAACAUCUUGACAUUUUGAUAUUUUUGAAUGAAUGGGCCUAAUAUAAGAAUGUUAUUCGUGGCACCCACGGUUUUAGAGGUUUAAAAUCUCUGAUUGAUUAUGCCAAAGGACAAAAUCUUAGUAGUAGUACUGUGUGUUGUCUGAGAUUUGUUUUAUUGUCUAAUGAUUGGAAUCAUGUUCUGACGUACACCUACACAGACUAGCUAAAGCAUCGGACAUAAAUAGGGUUUAAUAUAUAUUCAUGAAAAGAUGUUCCUUUUUUAAUAGUGCUCAAUAUAAACCAGUUAUUGUAAGGUUACCUGACGUUGCUCAAGAAGCUUGAGACCAAUAAUGGCAAUAUUCGCUUCUUUUCACAGUCCUUGCGAUGGAAGGGAAAUAAAUAAAAGCUUAAUCAGAUAAAAGACAUCAUCUAACCGUUAAGCCAAUAAUAGCUACAAAAAGGAACUCUAAUAGAUAUUAUUAUAAAAAUCACACAAGAUGGAAAUUGCAAGAAAUAUUAACACAAGCGUAACAGUCACAUGCUUUUGAUGAGAUAAUUAUCAGCUAAAUACAUUUCUUAGUUUGUGGUGUAUCUAUACACAAUCAAUUAUAUUUAAGCAUAGAGAUAAUUGUAUUUAAGAGUAGGAGAUAUGUCAUUACAUAUAAAUGAGUUGUUGUAAGGAUAUAACACAAAUGUAACACAAAAUGUAAUUUGAUCUUAAUGUUCUUAUCACUUUUGAGGGCUUUUGAGUAGUAUCGGCUCUAGUGCUCGUAGUAAUUAUAAGAUCAAAAAUGCUGAAAGAGGGAAGGGAGGGUUCAAUAGUAUUUUUGGUUUACUGUAAAGAUGCGCGCUAUCUAGAAAAGGAAGCAUCCUAAUUUUCUAUAGCAAUGGUUAAAGAAUCUCUAAGUUUCACUAACUAGAGACUAUACUCUGAUGAUCAUCAUCAUCAUAGAUCUAUGUGGUUGCUUAAAGAAUAUUGGUCUAUUGGGUCACUCAAAAUCUCUCAUAUUUAAAACAUAUAUUCCUCCAACUGGCUUAUAUGCUUUUUUCUCCUAUAUAUAAGGAGCUUCAAACUCUUCCACUAAAUGCAAAUCAACAUUUUCAUCGUUAAUACAAACCAGCUUCUCUAACGUCCCUCUUUUGUUAUUCUACAUUUUCACACUAAUGGCUUCCAACUCAAUUAUCAGCACUUCCCGGAGCUCUACCUCGUCAUGGACAGCGAAACAGGACAAACAGUUCGAAAUGGCUUUGGCUAAGUUCGAGAAGGACACUCCUGACCGAUGGCAAAAUGUGGCAAGAGUAGUUGGUGGAAAAUCAGCUGAAGAGGUAAAAAGACGCUAUGAAUUGCUCGUUAGAGAUGUUAAUGACAUUGAAUCAGGACGUCACGACCCACAACCUAGGUACCGUAACACUAAUUGAAGCCAUUGAGAUUCUUUGUGAGCUCCGAAAAAAAUAACUAUGUGCCUUUAAACUCUAUUGAGAUGGAGACAUUAAGAGCAUAUAUAAGUAAAAGUGUUUGAUUACAUGCUAUUAUUGCUUAUAUUCUAUUAGCUUUUAUUUAUUUCUGUUUGGUUUCCAACUUUGUAAUAAUCAUUUCUCAAUUCCAUCCUAAUGUAAUCCAAUCGAUUUAAGUUCUCAUAUAGUAAUAAUAUUCUGAUCAAA